GUUCGAACGCUUGCGUGAUCCUCUGGUUUGGAAGCUUUCGAAAGAGAACGAAAGAGAGAGAGUGACGUGUGUGCUCCUGUUUUACUAAGCUUUUGAGUGGUGAUCGGUGUAAUUAUUCAGAAUGCAGUUGUUUCUAUUGUGUACGCUUAUAGCUGGUGCGACAGCAGCCUACUCCAGCUCGAACUAUCGGGAUGGCAAAGCAACAGGUCUUUAUAAUCACGUAGCGGUCGGAACGGAUUAUGCUGACAAGUUCCCCCAUGGCAACACAGGUUACAACGGCGGCUACACUACGCACUACACUGGUCCGAAUGGGGCUGGAGUGGCGGUUGGGGCCAGCACCGGAAACUUUGGUCCCGGGUUCGGUGGCUUCCCCGGACCCACGGUUGAUUUCAACAGCUUCUUACAGAACAUGCAGGCCAACUUCGCAAACUCGAUGACGCAAUCCUACUCUGGACCGGGAGCGAUGGCAUCCGCCUCAGCAUCACUUCUCGAUCCCGCUUGGUACAGACCAACGCAGCAGCAGAUCAACCUGUACCAGCAGCAGUUCGCCCUGCAGCAGGCGUUGUUCCAGCAACAGCAGGCAGCUUUUAAUGGCGCCUUUGGUGGUGGUUUCGGUGGCUACGGUGCGUCUUCCGGAUUUGGUUCGUUCCCGGUGUACGGACCCAACUUUGCUGGUGGCAGUAAUUACGUGAGCACGGGUUUCCCAACCGGAACCUACGGCUCACCGAAUGUGGCCAGCUCUUCGGCUUCCUUUGGACCAGGAGGAUUCCAUCAGACGGCUUCGAUCUAUCCGGGCAAUCCGGCCGUUCCGAAUGUGGACACGCGCUUUGGUGGAUCAGAUCAGGGCACCAGCUUCCAGAGUGGUAAACCAGGAUUCGUCGGUGUGUCUAGCUUCUCAUCCUCGUCGAACAUCAACGGUCAGACUCACCGCGAGGCAGUCACGUCGGUAAAUGAUAACGGCAAAGUGACGACCCACCGGGUGCACUCGUAAACUGCGUCAUCACCACUUCGCAAGCACACGCUUCGAUCGCACGCGCUAGCGAUCAUCACUGGACUGGCGAAGAAGACGCCAGAGAAGAUGCAGCAAGAACAACAACCCUUCACAAACUCUACAUCGCUCAGCUACUGUGGGAGUGCUGCCUUCAUCGGGAAACCCAACACAAACGGCUGGGUGAAGAAUCCGUCUUCAUCAGGAUCGAAAGAUGGCGAUUUGGUGUGCUUAAAAGCGACGAGAAUGAUCGCAGCGUUCGUCCCUGGGACACUAAACAAGCGUUGCAAAUAAGACGUACUUACUCUAACAACCCUGUACUUGGUAUUUCCGAUGUAUCGAUAAUUUGAUCGUACUGUUAGCAUUAAGCUAUCAACUGUCCUCUCAUCGCUUGGGUGAUCGUGAAUAAAGUAGGAGCGUUCUUGCUCCGAAAUAGGGCA